CUCUGGCCUGGGGCUGGCACUGGCCAGCAGUUAAAUGCCCGUGCGGACGCGCCAGGGAACAUGACCCAGGGCACCCCUCUACAAGCGGUUAGCUUGACCCACCCUGGGCACUGGAGGAAACGGCGACUUGCAUCAUGCCUCGAGCCAAAGAGACCACAACCAACAUGAGACCUGCAUUGCUAGUGCUGCUUCUCUGGGCCAUAGCCUGCGCUCACCCUGUGCCCAGCCAUGAGCCUGUCAGCUCCCACCUCAGCGCCCGGCAGGAGCACACAACAAAUGAAGAUGACAUCAAUGAGCUGGGUGGUGGAGAUGGCAGACACCCUCCUUCCAAUGCGGAGAGAGUAGACAAUGCCCUUGCUGGAGACCUGGCAGGCAGGAACACUGUGGGCAAGGAGCUGGGCAAGCUCAGCAGCCAAGAUGAGGGAGGCAGAACGCAGGAGGCUCAGCACAAGAACUGGGUGGAGCAUGAGGACAUAAAUGCCCAGGAUGGGAACAACCUUGGUUUCCUGGAUGAGGAUGUGCGUGAUGCUGAUGAUGGUGACAACGAAAAGCACCAUGGCGCUGCAGGCAAUAGGCUUCUCUUCCAUGCUGGUGCGCUGCUGGAUGAGGAGGAUGAAAGUGGAGACGACACCUUUGAUGAGAACAGGGAGGAGGAGGGCAGCGAAGGUCCUACUUAUGUAGCUGGUGCUGAUGGGGCAGGUGAGCAUGACCAUGACCUUGGCCAUGGGGAUGCUGGGGCUGGCAGAGGGCGUGAUGACAGCAGCAGCAGCAGCAGCAGCAGCGAGAGCAUGGGGGUGGACCACCGGCCGUACAGGAACCAUGGUGGCAACUGGUAUGAGCGGACCUACAGGCGAGGAGGGGGCAGCAGCAGCAGCCAGGAGGAGGAGGAAAGCUACAGCUUCAAGGAUGAAGGCAUGCAGAGCGAUGACCCCUUUGUCUUCGAUGACCCAGGCAGCAGUUACAAGAGGCACCAUGCUGGCCAUCCUGCCCUGGGGAGCAGCUGGGAAACUGGCCGAGGUGCUAGCUCCUACCGCUGGGAGGAGGGUGACAGCAGGUCUCCAGAGGUAGGGGAUACUGACUCGAGAGAAGACACCUCAUCCACAGAGGACAACAGUCAGUCAGAAGAGCCCAUCACCAGCCAGUCAGAAGAAAACAGUGCCAGCCGCUCUAGGGAGGACAGAGAUGAGGAGGACAGCCGCUCUGGGGAGGGUACCACUGAGCAGUUGGAAGAGGAGCUGGGGGAGUCCCCAGAGGACAUCUCUCAGGAGGUGGUGAGCACAUCGAGUGAACACAGUGACAGCCAGUCCCAGGAAGGGCAAGAGGACCAAGAAUUUGCCAAGGACAGUAGUGCAUCAUCCAUGCCUGACAGUGAGUCCAAGGAAGAUGAGGGCAACCAGAGCAAGUCUGAGGAAGAUGAUGGUCACCAGAGCCAGUCCAUGGAGGACACUGUGGAGGAGUCAAAGGAGGAUGGGAAUGACUCUGACUCUGACAGGGACAUGCCAAGCACAUCAGCUGAAAGCCAGAGUGCAUCCCCAGAGGGUGAUGGUAGCCAAGAGGACCAUACAGGUGAGGACAGUAGGUCCAUGGAGAGCAACAACAGUGAGUCUCAGGAGGAUGAUGAUGAUGACGACAAUGAGGAGAGCCACUCCCAGGAGGAUGCCACCCGUGAGUCUAGCAGCCGUGGGGACAACAGCUCACCACAGAGCCUGGAGAGCGGGAGCCGCAAGAGGCGUCCAGGCAUCUACCGCAACAAACCCAGGGCUGACUAUGAUGACAAUGACUGCCAGGAUGGGUACUGACAUGCACACUGCAGCAUCAUUGGCACUGGGGGCUAUAGGGGGAGGGAGGACACUUAAUUUAUUUCCUAUAUGGCCUGGUUGACUUCUCUCUGAGAAGAUGCUGUGGAUAAAAUGGAGGUGAGUUCGUCAGGAUUUGAUCUGCUCACGUGGCGGCAGGGUGCAAAGUGGGAGGUGAUGCUGGACAUGGGGAAACUCCAAACUCCAGAAAGAAAAGCCAUUUCCUGUAUCAAACCAGAGAGCCGAGAGCUCUGAGUGCCAGCAGGGUGAUGCUGCUCAUUUGUCAUGAGGACACAGUGGCAGCUUGGCACUCUGGGAGCUGCAUCCAGGCAUGCCCAGCAGAAAGGUCCUCGUGCUCACCCCUUGUUUUUAUCUACCACUACCCUAAAAGCAUCUGCUCAGGCUCCACUGGAGCUUAGGAGUUUUCUGUCAGCUCCAUAUCCUGCACAUAAGGAGGAAAAACUAGCAGCAUGCAUGCUCAGCAGCGUGUGAAGCACUGCUUCAGGGUGAGAUGUAUGUAAUAUUUUGUAAGAAAUGUACAGAAAACAUUAUAUUGUAUUCUUUUUUGCAUUGAUGGCACUUGUAUGUCAAAGAUGCGAUAUACCCUGUUGAUUUCCUUAA